AUGGGACCAGACCAGGUGAAGUCCCUGGUUGAAGCCCUGGCCUCGGACCAGGUCCAGCUGGUCUCACUGCGAGGAUGUGGGCUCUCGGACCAGGACUGGACCAGAAUCUGUGGGUCUCUGAUCCAGACCCAGUCUCUGCUCCAACUGAACCUGAGUCUGGGGGUGGUCUGCAGUACAACCCGGACCCAAGACCUUUCCAGAGUCCUUCUCCGGAACCGCAGCCUCAACACUCUUUUUCUCCAUGGUAACAUGCUGUCGGGUCCCGGGUCACUGGUCUUGUUUCGGUCCUUGGCCGUACACCCAGCUCUACUCAGUCUGGACCUGGGAGAUUGUUCUCUGUCGGACCGAGAACUGGACCAUGUCUGUGGCCUGCUGCCCCCAGAUGGAGCCAAGCCAGGUCUCCAGGAGCUGUCCCUGUCCUCUAACCCGGCCAUCAGCUCUCGCUCCUGGACUCGUCUCUGUGUUGCUGUGGCUCACAGCUCCAGACUACGGGUUCUGCGCCUGGACUUCAAUCCACUGGGAGACCGUGUUGCUGGGAUGCUGGCAGUUGCCGUGGCGUCAAGCCGAACUCUACAAACACUGGACCUGGAAGGAACUGGACUCACAGAGGUCUCAGGACAGGCCUUCCUGGACCUCCUGCUCCUCUUUCCCUCCAGUCUCAGAGUUCUGGUUCUGACUGAAAACAGAAUUAGCGCCGAAGUCCAGAGGCGGGUCCAAGAGCUGCUGUCCGAGAGAGACGAACCAAUCAGAGAGGAGCAUCCACAGCAGCAGCCACUCAGAGCACGAGUCUGCCAGCCAGGUGGCGCUCACACAGUUCUGCUGACAUCAGGACUUGGAGACAACCUAUUGGACGAGACCGAAAUGUGA